CAGCUUUCGAAAACCGAUAUCUUUCUACCCAUGUAUUGAAUAUAUAAAUUUAACAAGAAUUUUGAUUAGUUCAACUUUUGUAAUUAACCUAGAAAUUUUAUUUUUUUCAAAAACUAUACUAAUGUCGAGCUAUUUAAAGACCUCUGCCCAACGCUGGGCUAGACUUGGAAUAUCAUCCAAAUUUCCUAGACAAAUAAGUUCUACAGCUAGAUGUCUAACAAAUCACCCUGUACAAAUUACCAAUUUGAAAGAUGGCCCAGGUUUACGUGACUUUAUCAAUGUCACUAGAAAAAAUACAACACAGCUUAAUGAAGAACUCAAUAUACCAUACCUUGACGAGCCUAUAAAAACAUACGGUGAAAACAGAAAAGUAUUUCUUGAAACUUAUGGUUGCCAAAUGAAUGUAAACGAUACAGAAGUAGUAUGGUCUAUACUAAAAAAUAAUGGAUUUCAAAAAACAGAUGAAAUCAAAUUGGCUGAUGUAAUAUUAGUGGUAACCUGUGCCGUUAGAGAAGGUGCAGAAACUAAGAUAUGGAACCGUAUACAACAUUUAGGUGCUAUGAAGAAAAACAGGAGUCAUAAAAGCCCUUUGCAAAUUGGAAUUCUUGGUUGCAUGGCUGAACGUUUAAAAACACAAUUAUUAGAAAAAGAACAAUGUAUAGAUAUUGUGGCUGGUCCUGAUAGUUACAGAGAUUUACCUCGGUUAUUAGCUAUAACAAGAAAUGGACCUAGAGCUGCAAAUGUUUUGCUUUCAUUGGAUGAGACUUAUGCUGAUAUUAUGCCCGUUCGCUUAAAUGAAGGAGCAGUUUCAGCUUUUGUGUCUAUAAUGAGAGGUUGUGAUAACAUGUGUUCAUACUGUAUAGUACCAUUUACCAGAGGAAGGGAACGGUCACGAGACAUAAGUUCUAUUAUUCAAGAAGUUCUUCAUUUGCAUGAUACAGGCGUUAAAGAAAUAACUUUAUUAGGACAAAAUGUGAAUAGUUACCGUGAUUUAAGUUCUGGUCCAUCCAUGUUAAAUGCGGAUCAGACAACACAUUUAUCCAAUCCAGGCUUUCGUACUGUGUACAAAAACAAAGUUGGAGGUCAGAGAUUCGCUGAUUUGCUCCACAAAUUGGCUCAUGAAGUUCCAGAAAUGAGAAUUAGGUUUACUUCGCCUCACCCAAAAGAUUUCCCAGAUGAGGUUUUGCAAGUUAUAAAGGAAAAUAAAAAUAUCUGUAAAUCUUUACAUCUGCCUGCGCAGUCAGGAAGCUCCAAGGUGUUAGAAAGAAUGCGAAGAGGAUAUACUAGAGAAGCUUACCUGGAAUUGGUUUCACACAUAAGAAGUAUCAUACCUGAUAUUGCGCUAACGAGUGAUUUUAUCUGUGGUUUCUGUGGUGAAACUGAAGAGGAUUUUCAAGAAACGCUCACGCUCAUGAAGAAUGUAAAAUAUCAUGUGGCUUAUCUAUUCGCUUAUAGCAUGAGAGAGAAAACAACAGCUCAUAGAAGAUACACAGAUGAUGUUCCAGAGGAAAUCAAAGCAAGACGUUUACGUGACAUGAUUAAAGUAUAUAGAGAAGAUGCUGAAAUACUUCUUAAGAAAGAUAUUGGAAAACAUCAGCUCAUACUGAUAGAAGGGAUUAGUAAAAGAUCACCUAACGAUUAUUAUGGUCGGAAUGAUCAAAAUAUUAAGGUUAUAAUUCCUAAUAAAUUGAUACACCAGAGUAAAGAAGAAUAUAUAAAUCAUAAACAUGACAUGUCAUUAAGAGAAACAAAAAUUGGAGAUUUUGUUGCAGUCCAGAUAAAAGAAGCCAAUUCUCAAAUAUUGAAAGCAGUUCCUUUAUAUCAUUCUACCAUUAAUCAGUUUUAUUCUACGUAA